AUGCUGACGCAUGCCAGUGCGAUCAAUGCCGCCUCCGAAAGUUCCCAAAUCAUCUGCCGCUCAACUGGCGCUGGUCAGAAGCCCCCAGAGCCAAAGAAGCGUGUGCUUAUCUCGAGCCAGUAUGAGAGGAAGAUUGACCUCAUCGAAGAGCGCCUGGGAAACAUCGAGCGUACCCUUUUGGAACUCAGAGCGCACGCUAAGGGCCCUUCGGAACAAUGCCAUCACUCUACUCCACUGUCAAGCCAGCUGAGUCCAUCCACUACGACCAAUUACACUAGUGCUGCUGCUGCGCUGGAUCAGCACGAGUCUACUCCUGCCUUUGAGGGAAAUUCCUCUCUUGCUGCCCAUUCCGCCUACGCCAGAGAAUUCCUAGAGACGGCCGUCUCUCGCAGUGCCCUUCAGAUGUCGACCCCCAAAAUAAGCACCGCGCUUGCAUCCUUGAAGCAGAUCGUCAAUAUGCAAGACCACCAGGCACAAUCUCCCUCCCGCCAAGUGCGGUUCCCGAAUCAGAGGGUUAUUCCAGGCUCAGGAUUGCGGGAGCUUACCAUGCCUCCGGCGCAGGUUGUUCUAGCACUCCUGCGCAAAUGCCAAGAGCAACCGAGUAUCCUGCAAGCAUACUUGCCUUUCCUGUCUACCCCACGGCUAGUCGAAAAAUGCCGCCAGGUUUACUUCUCCACGGAAGACUACUCCGAUGCUACUUUUAUUGUGGUUAAUGGCGCUCUUCUCUACCUGAUUAGCGAUGUGGUUGCUAUCACAAAGGAUUCACAGACUAGAGAGGAGUAUGAUAAAUAUCUUAACCUCUGUCUGGUCAACCUUGAAACUGCUCUGGGGAGUUUGAACCUUCUGAUGCCUGCGAACGAUGAAAACAUCGAAGCACUCGCACUAGGGGCCGUCUAUGCAAUCGAGAUGUCGAAGCCGUCGUUCGCGAUGACGUUAACUUCAGCGGCCUUCCGCUUAUGCCAAACACUCGGAUACCAUCGAUCAAGCCCUUCAGAAAGCGGCAGCAAGCCCUCGCUUGGGAAUAUACUAUUCUGGACAGUCUAUGUCUUGGACAAAGCGGUUUCCCUCCGUCUGGGACGCGCGUCAACCAUCCAGGAUUAUGAUGUCACUUCUCUACUAAACAUCGAUAUGGCCGGAUUAGAUGAGCCAUAUGGCAAGAUAUACGUGUUUCCUGCAGCUUUGGCGCGACCGGAAAGUGAGCGAGCUGCUCAUGCUCGCCAGCUGGCCUCUGAGGUGCAGCAAGAGAUUAUGGAGCCAUUCGAGGGUAUUCAAUUCGACAAACAACGAUCCCCGGUCGAUGAAGUGUUCUUCAGAUCAGACAAGGUCGCCCGCUUGUCAGUCUUAACGUUGAUAUACCGCGCUAUUCCUCCACAAGGGACACAGGGCACAUUCAUCCAUGAAUGCAUAGAAACGGCCAGAUCAGCCCUCGAGGUGCAUCAGGGCUGUAUGGCGGAAGUGAAAGAGAUGACAGAGCAUAUCAAAGCCGCGUACUUCCACUGGACCAUUCUCUACGCACCAUUUGUUCCAUUUAUUGUGAUUUUCUGCCACGCCAUCGCUGUAUCAUCGUGGGACGAUCUCGCUCGACUUGAAGACUUUGUGGCUUCCCUGCAGCCCAAUUGUUUUCUUUCUGAGGCCAUCUCGAAACUGUAUCAGCUAUGUCAAGUUCUCAGCAAUGUGGCCAGGCUGUACAUUGAGGCAAAAGAACAAGUGCAAGUCAAGGAGGAUCAAGACCUGGCUUCCGUCGGUCAGGAGUUUGAUGUAUACCUCAGUGCGCUUGGGCUGGCACCUAUGUCGGCUGACGACAGUUAUGGCGCGUGGGCAUCCGCACCUGUUCCUGCUGGGUCAGCGCCUGGAGAUGCACGGGGCACCAUGGAAGGCCAAUACUCUGGUCCAAUGCCUCAGACCAGCCAACUGGGGAACUGGUUCUCGGGAAACCAGCACAUGAUGGGCCUGCUAGAGGAAGAUAUUUCUCUGUUCGAUCCUUCUUCUUGGACAUAA